AUGGAGGAUGGAAGAAAUGAUAUGCAUUUGAAUGAUCGGCUUAAAGCCAUUGUGGAAGUCGAGAAAAAUAUCGAUGAAUUGAUGAGAUGCGCUCGAGAUACAAUUCAGGAAUUGGCGAAGGAAAAGCAGUUGAGCAAGAAUAAAAUGGAGGAUUCGGCGAGUAAUUUUCGAAAACUCCUAACCUCGAUUGACACAGAGCUGACAAGUCAAAUGCAAUAUUUGGGGAACGUGUGUGUCGGCUCAUCGCAUCAAGGAUCGACAUUUGUUUCUGUACAAAACUCGAAUCUGGCGAAACAAUCGAAUUCGAUAAUGCAUGAUGCUGUAGUGGGAGUGGUGUCGAAGUUCGAAAAACCACCAACUAAAACGGAAGCGAGCUCCGAUGUUGAGUCGGCGGCGCCGAAUGAGCUGCAGAUGGAUCAAUCAUAAUAUUUGAUGAACGGCUCAAUCGAAGGACCGAGCACAUCGACGGAGUCAAACAAUAUUCGAAAACGGCGGCAUUCAAAUGAUGACAGUAGUCUACGGACUUCGACUUACGGUAAAGAUGCGUGGCGAAAUAGUCGGCGAAUUUCAAUUGAUCCCAUAUCUGAGCCGGACAUUCUGAUUUCAACUCCGCCGGACCCGUAUAUUGAACAUAUCAAAGCGACCUAUCAUAAAACUUCGCUGGCGAAACUUUGUAAAAAAAGCGAAGGCAAUGAUGAAGACGACGACAUUUGUACCGAGGAAGUCAAAGAUCGACUCUUGCGACACCCGCAAACGAUCUCGAUGCGAUUGUUGACGUGUUUGGCGCCGUUGUGUGGGCGGAGUUUCGAGAUUCUCGAAGUUCUCGCGUUUCAUUGCGCUUACGCGCACCAGAAUAUUGAUAGCAAAUUGCUAAUCGACCGCACGUGCCUCCUUUGUGGAAAAUCAUGGGAAUCGGUGAAGGGAAAACUGAGCCAUAUGACGACGAAACAUCGCGAAUACUCGGAACUUCACAAUUAUCAGUGUGUUCGACAGCGAGCUGCAGUGUAUGCGCUGAACGCUCCAGGAGUGCGACGAAUCACUUCCCGAGAGGAGCAGACGGUGUAA